CCACCUGAUUACACCAGCCUGCACUCGUCUACUCUCAAGGCGAGGCGUUUGGCAUCUCAAACGAGCCUACUAGCUGGCGUAUGUUUACAAAGGGACGCAAAAUCCUUUCUGUGUGUACAGCGCCUUAGGAAGUUGCUGAAAGUAACAAAGAGUCAAUUUACACAAACAAGACCGAAUCGACGGGUACUUUCUGAUGUUAUAUGAAUCACUCGUUGCGUUGCUAUUAUGCCAUCUGGCGAGGAAAGCGUGACAACCUAAAAAUGCCAUUAUUGCGCGUUUGACGUCACAGACACAUGAUUCAGAGUGACCAAUGGAAGGACGCCUUCUCUCUGUACACGGAACUGAUUGCGGACUUCCUUGGCUGAAAUGACCAAUAAACAGCUCUGUCAUCAUCUUCGCAGUUUUCUCAUUUAAUAAGGCCUGGAAUACUUCGAUAGACAAAAAAUAGUCCAUGGAAGACCAAAAUGGUCAGCUUGAUGUGGGCCCUCCCAGGGAACCUGUGGCAGGUGUAGGCUUCCCUGCUCCUCCCCCACCCAUCUACGCCUGCACUCUGACUCCAGAAUUGGUGGCCAAGGCCCGGGAAGAGCUCCAGGAGAAGCCAGAAUGGAGGCUUCGGGAUGUCCAAGCAUUACGAGAUAUGAUACUCAAAGACCACCCUAAUCUGAGGACGCGGUUAGACGAUGCGUUUCUCCUGCGCUUCCUUAGGGCCAGAAAGUUCGAUUAUGACCGGGCCCUUCAACUGCUCCUGAAUUAUCAUGCCAGCCGGAAAGCCUGGCCUGAGGUGUUCCAGGACCUGAAGCCCUCCACAGUGAAGCAUGUGCUUGAACUGGGAUUUCUCACUGUCCUGCCCAGACCAGACCCACGUGGACGCUACAUACUGUGUUUACGGCCAGGUAAAUGGAAGCCUAAUGAUUAUCCAUUUGUGGACAACAUUCGGGCUAUUUAUUUGACAUUAGAGAAGCUGAUUCAGCCUGAGGAAACCCAAGUGAAUGGAAUUGUGAUCCUGGUAGAUUAUGCAGGUGUUGGCCUCUCUCAAGCUUCUAAUCCAGGGCCUCUUCUGGCAAAAAAAGUUGUUGGUAUCCUUCAGGAUGGAUUCCCAAUCAGAAUAAAAGCAGUAAACAUUAUAAAUGAGCCACGCAUCUUCAAGGGUAUUUUUGCAAUAAUUAAGCCCUUUUUGAAAGAGAAAAUGGCAGAGAGGUACGUCCUGCAUGGCUCAGAUCUGGGCUCUCUCCACCGAGUCAUCCCUCAAUCUGUGCUACCUGAAGAGUAUGGAGGAAAGGCGGGUAGACUUGAUAUGUCUGCCUGGUCCAGAACAUUGCUGGAGGCUGAGGAGGAGUUUGUGGUGGAGUUCUGUCAGCCUGAUCCUCUGGAGGGCGUAAUUCUGCCAGACUCAAUGCUCUUUGAGGGACAGCAGGCUGGGGCACAUGGAGAGGACUCCUUCAGACAUCUACGUUCUCAGCUUUACUAUUGUUACUGACCUCCAGUGAACUUGCCACUGGUUCUUUUAAAGCAUUUGUAUAGCUGACCAAUUAUCUGAGAGGUUUAUAUAUAUAUAUAUAUAUAUAUAUAUAUAUAUAUAUAUAUAUAUAUAUAUAUAUAUAUAUUAGUUCUCACUAUCCAAUGUCAAAACGCUGAGGUCAAUGCAUUAGUGUGAAAAAAAAACUUGUCAAAGAAGGCCAUUUAGAUGCUGGAUGGUAUACUUAUUUGGUCUAAUAUGAUCACUUAAACUGCAAAAACUUGACAGUUGUAAUCACCUUUUUGAGAAGGAAUCCUUGGUUUUAACAUAUAAUCAGUCCAUGUAUUUAUUUUCAGUAUUUUAUUUGUGUCUUAAAUGUUUUUCAACACUAAAUCAUUCCAGUUUCAUGUUACACCUCAAAUAAUGUUUGCCUUAACUUGCAGUAAAGGGAAAAUGAGAAAUAAAUUAGAUGAGUUAACAUUUUGUGUCAAGGACCAUGAAAUAAAUAGAUAAUUUAGAUAGCACAUUGUAGAUGUCAUUUAAAAUCCAAAGCAAUACUGUAACAAUGCAUUUUUUAAAUUCAAGUGUAUGUUGCCUCAGUAUUUUAUAACUCUGUAUUUAUAGACUAUAGAUUGGUCUACAGAUAAUUGUAUAAUGUUUCUUUUUGAUUUGUAGAUAGCACAGCUCUAAAUUGGUUCUUUUUCAUUUAUGCCUUUUACUGUUCACAAACAAAAAAUACUGUGCAUUACUGAAUUGACAGUUAUCCCCCAAAAAACUUGCACAAUAUCUUUGUUAUUUUAAGUUACACUUAGAACUUUAGCUAGACUUUAUCUCUCGACUAUAGUAUAUACCCUUAGAGAGUGGCCAAAAUGAAGUUCACAAUGCGUGUUUGCAUAUUGUUGUUUGCCAAAAUACUUUAGAGGUAUACUGUAACUUUUUAUUUUGUACAGAACUUGUAUAGAUAACUGUCAGGUUAAAGUUGUUCCAAAUAUUAUUUAUGUAAUUUAAGUCUUGUCUCACUGAGCACAUUUUUAUGCCCUAUUUUUACAUUUCAAGCCUUACAUUUACUUUCAGUAUUGCAACAGUAUAAUUUAAAUACUUUAGUAUUUUUAAUUGUGGUACAGUAGUUGUUAACACUCAUUAAACAUUAUGAUU